AGAUCCGACGGAAACCGCCCAAGAGGUGUCAGAAGAGACCGAAUCAAACAGAACAAACCGACUCUAAGACAAAGGUGAGUGUGUGACUGUAGCCUAUCGUACUGAAUCGUAGUACGGACGUCCGUGUAGGACACCGUUAUGCUGGACCCAAGUGGGGGAGCGCAGCAUAUUUGGCCGAGAUUUUGUAGAAGAGACAAAUGAAAGAAUCCGAGUCUUGAAACUGAAGAUGAAAGAGUCUCAGGACAGACAGAAGAGUUAUGCAGACAGACGCAGAAAAGACCUUGAGUUCGAAGUAGGAGACAUGGUAUAUCUCAAAACCGUCACCUACAAAGGCAAGGACCGAUCCUCAAAGAAUGCCAAGCUGAGUCCAAGAUAUAUGGGGCCGUACAAGAUCCUGGAAAGAAUUGGAAAGGUCGCCUACAAACUGGAGCUGCCCUCAUCGAUGGCUCAGUUCCAUAACGUGUUCCAUGUAUCUUUGCUGCGAAAAUGCAUAAGGAAUCAAGACAAUGUGGUUCCUGAACCACCAUCUGACUUGAGAGAGAACCUUACUGUGGAGGGACGACCAGUCCAGAUCAUUGGUAGAAAAACCAAACCUGAAGGCAGAAAGAAUAUCAAAAUGAUCCAAGUCGUUUGGGACUGCGAUGGAGAGGAAGAAACGACUUGGGAGCCAGAGGCGAGAAUGAAAGCUGAAUUUCCAAAGUGGUUUGACAAACUCACGGAAGAUUCAGGAAGAAAGACUCGAAGAUGA